GCACGUACGGUUUGGAGGAGAGGGGGCAUGGGGGGAAAGAAAGAAAAAAAAAAGCGGCAAAGCGCGCAUUUCGAAUUUUGUGUUAUCCACGUACUACGAGUUAACUCUAUACGCACCGCGGAUGUCCGGUUUAUGCUCUUCGGCUGUCUGUGUGCAGGUUGCAGCGCCCAUUCCCGCAGAAAAGCUUGUAUACAGCUAUGGCUUUGAAAUGUCAAGGCUGAAGUGGACAGAUUGGAUUAAUACUGUGGAUAGACUCCCCGUGCCGAUCUCAGCGGAGGAUCCAUCGCUUAUUGUUCCCACGACGGACACAGCACGCUGCAGGUUUCUCUUGAACACUCUCCUCGGCGGUCCGCCGACGGGCCCAUACCAUCCACUUCUCCUUGUCGGCCCCACAGGUACUGGCAAGUCUGUUUAUAUCAAGACUUUCUUGAUGCAGAAGGGAGGCCGAGAACAGUUUGACAUGCCAAUCAUCACCACGUUUUCGGCGCAAACCACUUGCAGGCAGACACAAGACAUCAUCAGCACGAGGCUUCAUCGCAGGAGAAAGCAUGUCUACGGGCCUCCAUUCGGCAAGCUGGCAAUGGUGUUCAUUGACGACUUGAGUCUGCCUGUCCCCGAGCCUAACGGGUCGGGCGCGCAGCCGCCCAUCGAACUUCUGCGCCAAUGCGUCGACCAAGGUGGGUGGUACGAGACCGAUGACCAGCCUGCCUCCCAUCUGGUAACCAAUCUUCCUUCUUGUAUAGACGGCGGCGACAUCACUGCUCGGCAUGGCAGUCUUCCCAGUGUGGCUCCCCCCACAGAGGCCCCGACCACGGCAAGAGAGUUUCAAAGUGGAGGCCUGCCAACUUCAGGCAGCACUAAAGGGGGAUCUGGAUUCUCUUUCAGGGAGAUUCAGGAUAUCCGAUGGGUUGCAGCAAUGGGGCCUCCCGGUGGCGGACGCCAUCAUGUCACACAUCGAUAUCUACGCCAUUUCUGUGUGGUUUGGGGCACGUCUUUUGAUGCCGAGAGCCUCAGUGGGAUCUUCACCGCGAUCAUGGACGUGUGGAUGAAAAAGGGGGGCUAUGGGAUGCCGAUCCAGAAACUGAAGCAUUCUCUCGUAUCAACAUCCAUUGAUGUCUACACGGCUGUCCGUUCAGCUUUUCUGCCAACACCUACAAGGUUUCACUACUCGUUCAAUCUCCGUGACCUUGUCAAGCUCUUCCAAGGCUUGCACUGGGGCUUCCACAUGGCCUCAUCAUCUCCAACUAAGGUACUAUUCACAUCAUGUAAGGACCUGCCCAAACACGGACUGAGAACACAGCUGAUUUCUGAGUUUUGCCGCUAGAAUGAAUGCCUUGCUGAGAU